GCGCUGCCUAGCCCACUGCUGUCGCCGCCACCGCCCAACGAAAUAAUAGCCGAAAGCCCUCUCCCACGGGCCGCGCACUUUUGUUAUCGUGUCGACGUUUUACGGUCCUCAGUGUAGGUCUCUCAUUCGCAUAAUAUCCGUCCAGUCGUAUACAUAAACACCUUGCAAUCUAUAUAAACGAAUAUGUGUGAAAUCACUCUACCAACCGUCUGGAUACUUGGUGGACCCGGUAGCGGCAAGGGUACCCUUUGUGACAAGAUCGUUGCCAAAUACGGGUUUACUCACAUUUCGACUGGUGAUUUGCUGAGGGAUGAAGUGAACACAGGAUCAGAACGUGGCCAAGAAUUGGUGAAAAUUAUGAAAGAAGGAGCCCUAGUUCCCACGUCUGUUGUCAUGGAGUUACUCAAUGAGAAGAUCAAAAGCAAAGUAGCAACAUCCAAAGGUUUCCUGAUCGAUGGUUAUCCACGUGAGAAGAAACAAGGAGAGGAAUUCGAAACUGCGAUAAAACCGGUAGACAUGGUAUUGUACUUGGAAUCCAAAGACGAGACGAUGGUGGAGAGAUUGCUCAAACGAGCUGAAACCAGUGGUCGGUCAGACGACAAUAUGGAAACAAUUAAAAAACGGUUGCAGACGUUCCACGACAAUAACGAUCCUAUUAUAGAAGCGUACAAGUCUAAAGUAGUUAUAAUAUCGGCCGAACAGAGUGCAGAGGCUGUUUUUGCGGAAGCAGAGAAAAAACUUGAUACAUUGGUUGCAUAAUUUAAAAAAUAAAAAUCUGCAUCAGUUUUGAUGAUAAUAAAAAUCGACAAAGUUAUGGUAAAAAUUAAAAGCUCAAAGUUCCAUUUGAAAAAAAUGAGAUUAUUUUUUUCAUGCAUGUAUCUAUGUUCACACAAGCUAUAAAUAUAGAUUUAGGUUCGGAUUAAUAAAACAUGAUAAAAUAUCAGUUGUAACUUGGUUUACCAAUAGGUACUAGUAAUUUUAUUAUUGUAUUCAUUGUAUUGUUAUAGAUUAUAAUAUUUUAAAGUACCUAAUACAAAAAAAAUAGAAAAUAUAAUAUUUAUGUGCUUUAUAAAUUAUUGGUGUCAUUGCCUUAUAUAAAAAGCAUUAUUUUUUUUAACAACACUACAAUUAUUUUAAUACAAUUCGAAUCAUCUAUUUAUUAAGAAGUUAUAGUACCCUUCUUUACACAUAUACUAGUAUAAAGAAUAAAGAUGAUUAUGUUGAUAAUAUAAUAUUAUAAUGUCAUAUUUAAACAUAAUUAUUAUUGUUGUUAAUUAGGUGUAAUAAAGUUGUUAUUACAAUAUUUUAAAUGUUAUUGCUUUUUAAGAACAAAAUUAAAUAUUUAUGUUUUAAUACAGUAGUGUAAUGUUUUUUGUUUUAUUGUUAGAUAACUACCUAUAGUAAUUUAUUCAUUAAUUUGAAUAAACAGUGUUUAGAAUAUAUAUGAAAAAAUUCAUUAAAAAUUUAGAAUCAGAUAGGUAAUUGAAUAGAUAAUACUUAUUACAUUUUCUAAUAUUAUACAUAUUUUAGAGAUAAUAUACCAACAAUUAACAAAGUAA